AUCUGACAAUACAAAUCCAUGUCAAAAAGACUAUUUAUCAGAUUUAUACAUACUAAUAUAAUGUUUGAUGGCUGGGAACUAUCCUUCCUUCCAAAACCCAAUCCCUAGAUUCCAAAAUUACAACUUUGCGAGCACCUCCUCUCAUCAUCAUCAACAUCAUGAUGGUUUAGUGGUGGAACAAGAGGAAAACAUGGUGAUAAAAGAACAAGACAGGCUACUUCCGAUAGCAAACAUAGGAAGGAUCAUGAAGAACAUUCUCCCACCAAACGCAAAGAUUUCUAAAGAAGCAAAAGAGACUAUGCAAGAAUGUGUCUCCGAGUUCAUAAGCUUUGUCACUGGAGAAGCCUCCGAUAAAUGCCACAAGGAGAAGAGAAAGACAGUUAAUGGAGACGAUAUCUGUUGGGCUAUGGCAAAUCUAGGGUUUGAUGAUUACGCUGAGCAGCUCAAAAAGUACUUAAAUCGCUACCGAGUUAUUGAAGGAGAGAAAUCUAAUCAUCACGGCAAAGGAGGAGCUAAAUCUUCACCGGAUAACUAAUUGAUCAAUGCAUGGUUAAUUGUUUGAUUUCCCUUUUAUUUAUAUGCGCUUGUUUGUUCUUCGACUCUUAUAUAUGAUAUGUGUAUCAGUGUAUGUGGUUUGAGGCUGUGGAGAGAUCUGUGCUAGUCGUUCUUCUUGAGUUUGUUAUCGUGAAAUUUAAGGGUUUGAUUUUAUUUUA